AUGGGCACAGGCCUCACGGCUGCUCAGAAAGAAUACUUGACCAGCGACAGCGAUCUGAGACGAGCGCUUCCUCUCGGUCCAAAUCGCGAUAAUGGAAGCGAGAUCAUCUUCUUCGGUAGCACGAUGCACGAUGGAUUGAGGGGGUAUGUGUUGACUGACAAGAGUGGGGAGGACAUCGACCGGAAAGCAGCGGAUCAGAAGGUCGUCAUGUUUGGUACCGAUGUUGAGAUCGAGGAUACUGGAGUACCAGACAUACAAACUUUCACCGUAAGCGAUCAGGUUGAGAUCGUGAGGGACGUGAAGAUCGGGAGUGAGGGGCAUGUGCUGGUUUACGUUGAGCAUCGUUCCGCGGCUGUGGAGUCGGUGGUGCGGGUCAAAGACUUUGCGGCUUUCCGGCGUUAUCUUGAGGCCGGUGAGAUGGGUGAGGGGACCGGAGUAACGGUCCUUCCUUACGAACUUGGCGAAUUCCCGCUGUGCGUUGGGAAUGCUACGACGAUGACUGCGCUAGACGCCGAUGGGCACGUUUGGACGGAGACAAGGGAUCCGAGGUAUGAGAAGUGCUUGGGCCGACCGUAUGAUGGUGCUUUAGACAUUGCGCCCGUGCCUUACCUUGAAAUGACCUACGUCACGAAGGUGGCAUCGGGCGGGUACAUGAGCGCGGCCUUCAACUCGGACGGCGAACUCUUCUUAUGGGGUCAGGCAUGUCCUGGGUCAAAUGAAGAAUUGGACGUGCUGAAUGGCAAUCCUGGAACGAGCGCACUGGUAACGGGCAUCAGUACUGAUGACGUUCAAGAGGAGUUUGUCAAGUGCUUGGACGUCCGGAUAGAUGGUCAGGACGCAAAGGUGUAUGAGGUAGCGGUUGGUCAUGGCCACAUCCUAGUGGCAGCCCAAACGUGUAAGACGGAAGGAAGGGUCAAAAGAGUUUUGUUCGCGGCGGGAGACAACAGCAGGGGCCAGUUGGGUCUAGCAACGGAUGCGGACUUCAAGAAGAGAUUUGAAGGCGUCACAGCUUUGAGGGACGAGCGAAUCAUUCAGCUGGCGGCGGCUGGAUGGUCCACGUACGUCCUAACACUUGAAGAAUAA